AUGUUGGCAACGUCGGCCGUCCGCGGUGCCCCAUUGAGGGUUGCUGCUCGAACGAUUGUCCGCAAGACCACAACUCGUGCCGCAUCUUCGACUACCUCCGAGGCCGCCACAUCUCCCUUUUACCUAACACUGGGCGCUUCUGCUGCGACGGCAGCCACAGUAGGCUCAAUCGCCUGGUACUAUCAUCUGUUCGGUCAAGAUGUCUAUGCCAUGACUCCCGCAGAAGAGGGUUUACACCCGACCCAGUACCCGUGGGAGCACGUGAAAUGGACAAAAACAUUCGACCACGCUGCUCUUCGGAGAGGAUUCCAAGUUUACCGUGAAGUCUGCGCCGCCUGCCACUCUCUGAAGCGAAUCCCAUAUCGGUCACUUGUCGGCACACUGAUGACCGUCGACGAAGCCAAGGCCCUGGCUGAAGAAAAUGAAUACGACACUGAGCCAAAUGAUGAGGGAGAGAUCGAGAAGCGACCCGGCAAGCUGUCCGACUACAUCCCGUCUCCGUACAAGAAUGACGAAGCUGCCCGUGCCGCCAACAAUGGUGCCCUUCCUCCGGAUCUAUCGCUCAUGGUGAAAGCCCGUCACGGCGGCUGCAACUAUAUCUUCAGUCUUCUCACCGGCUACCCGGAGGAACCCCCGGCAGGUGCGAGCGUCCAGUCUGGUUUGAACUUCAACCCGUAUUUCCCGGGUACUGGUAUCGCAAUGGCUCGUGUGCUUUACGACGGAUUGGUUGAAUACGAAGACGGCACACCCGCCACCAGCUCGCAAAUGGCCAAGGACGUGGUUGAAUUCUUGAACUGGACCGCGGAACCAGAAAUGGACGAGCGCAAGAAGAUGGGUUUCAAGGUCCUGAUCAUUGGCACUGCCCUACUGGCCCUGAGUGGUUGGGUUAAGCGAUACAAGUGGGCACCUAUCAAGACGAGGAAGAUUGUUUACAAUCCACCUGGCCAGAAACCCGGUUUUAGAAUGUAA